ACUGUACCAUCAGAGUUAUUGUACUUACUUCCGUUUUCAUGUUUUGUACACAUAGCCUGGAUCUGUAAAUAACUUCAUUGCGUCACACUCGACAUAAUUUUAUUUCACAAGAAGAGUGAGAUAGAGAUCAGAUAUUUUGUGUUACUAAAAUCAUGGAGAAAUCUGGUGGUGAGAAUUAUAUGUUUAAUAGUUUAGUAGGGAUAGACAAAGAGUUUUUAAAAGAAAAGUCAGAGGUAUUUCCGGUAUUAUUAAUAAAUAUUAGUAUUAGUAGUAGUAGCUUAGUAUUAGUAGUAAUAUUAAUAAUAAUAAUAAACUAAUAACUAAUAAUGUUAGUAUCUCUACUAAUAAACUAUAAAUGUGAAGAUGACUAAAACUAAGUCAUUCAUUGACUUGAAUGAAGUCAAGCCUUUAGUCUUGAGUCUGAGUCAAGGCUUAUACUUUUGCUAGGGUAGUAGUAGUAGGGAUUAAAACUCCAUUACUCCAUUCUACACACUUGGGGCUGGGGCUUGGUAUUGACUCUGUUAAAGUUUGACAUUGACUCAGUUUAAACCACUAUGCCACCCAGCAACUAAUUAUUAGUACUAGUACUGUCAAUUAAGGUCCUUUUAAAUUUAAAGAGGACAAGUUAUUUAGUAUCUAUUAGUUUAUGCUGUAAUGUAAAAGAAUUACUAAAUGGGUAUCAACUUAAAUUGGUAAAUUUUGGGUUAGCAUGAAUUGUGCCAAGCGUUUUCUCACUCUAAAUCUAAGCGAAGUGAUGUCACUAAGGGGAAUCCCACACUGUAUUUAGUGAAUAGAUUAAUUAUUGGACCUGAAGGAUAUGUGUAAUAACUUUCCUUUUCUUCAUUGAGCAUUUCUCAUAUCAUAAACUGAAUCUGACGACUGAUGUGGUUAAUUAGGAAAUGAAGAACUGUAAAUUAAGAUGAAAAUCUAUUCAUUUUUAUUAAAAUUCAACUUGCAAGGUUCAAAAGAAAUGAAAAAAGGAAUACAUCCUUGCUGAUACACCAAGAUGAACACCGGUGGGAAAAAAAAAGAUGCUCUCUGUGCUGUCUUUUGAUUGAUUGAAAAUCGAAGUACACCUAUGCUAUUAUUUCUAUCAUGUAGCUAUGAAAAUCAAAGUACACCUAUGCUAUUAUUUCUAUCAUGUAGCUAUUUCACUGGACAUUUAAACAUACUUUUUAGGGGAGGGAGAACCAUCCCCAAUUCCUCCCCCACACUUUCAAUAAAAAAUAAACAAAAUAAUUUAGGCAUUUUGCUAUAAUUUCGUACUUUCUACUUACUAGUCCAAAGUUUCAACAUCAAACAGUCAAACUUUUUCAAUUAUAACUCAAUCAGGUUUUAAGAUUAAAAUGUACAUUUAGGCUUUAAAGUUUAUUAGACUUUCCUUACUUUAAAAAGAAGUAUCUAUCUAUCAAUGUUUACAUUUCUAACAUCAUUUAGUUUUGAGAAAUAUUUAUAUACUGUACAUUAUAAGCAUACCCUACCCCCUUCAUGCCGGUGAACUACUAUAAACAAAAUUUUGACACAAAUUAAAAAAAAAGUGUCCUUUAAUUUCAUAAAAAAAUCUAUAUACUGGUAUAAAUAACUUCAAGAAUAAAUGAAUGUGAUAUAUUGGUAUCUUCAUGAAAAAUUUAACCAAAAUUUUAUAUGCACGCCUGAAAAAACGGAAUUUUUAUAUCUUAAGAAGAAUCUCUUAACCAACUUUUAUGUCUAUAACAGUCUUCAGAUUUUAAAAAUAUUAUUAAUCUCAUACAAAUUUGCACCCACCUUUCCCAUUUCCCACUUCAUUUUUUGUUAAGUGGAAACAAAAAUAUUUUCAUAUUUUGAAAGAAGAUAUUAACCCCAUCUUUGUUCAAGCCCCUGAACAGUAAAGGAAAGGAAAUAUCGCUGUAAUUUUUGUGUAAAAUGAUUGGGCUUUGAGCUAUUUUUAUUCAAAUAAAAAUGUUCCCACUCUCUUUCUUUGGCACUUGAAAUGUACCAUUUUAAUUCAAAAGUAAUUUAAAUUAAUUAAAAAUGUACUUUAAAGUAUGAUGGUAAGAGAAAAUUAAGGGGGGGGGGGUAAGGGCAAAAUUCAUGCGAAAGAGACUCUUGAGUGCCCUUUGCUUUUAAAAUAUAAUGAUAACGCUACCUAGACAUAUAUCUGCAAUAAUAAAUAUGGCUCUAAUAGAGCCAAUUGUCACCUAAUUAUUAGUUAUUAAGGCUAUACAAAUAUAACCACAAUGUUUUGUGAUUAUGAUAAUACUUAUGCUUGGUUUUUUCAUAAAUAGCUGGCAAGAUAUCGCUGUAUUAGUAUUUAGCCUAAUAUCAACACACUAGUCUUUCCCAGCUGGUGAUAUAAUUAUUUCUUUUGGUGACCAACCUCCCCCAACCCUCACUGGUGGAAAUUUUUUUUUUUAACCGGGUCUUGGGGGAGAAUCGCAAAAAGACAUCUCAAAAUCGUAAAUUGGUGUCCAAAAUCAUAAAAGUAAACAGGUAUGCAUUAGGCCUACUACAUAAUUACUUUACGAACCAAUUAUUUUAUAAAUGCACACGCAUAUCAUUUCGUCACUAACAAUGUUAAUGAGCAUGAUGAUGGUGAAUUUCAAGGAAAUGAAUGAAUUGAAAAAGCCUAAGUUUCCCUAAUUUUUAUUUUUUAAAAAUAUAAAAAAAUUAUAAUGGAAUUAUUACUAUUCCCCAGGAUUAUUCAAUACUAUUCACCUUUGCCUAUUACAACAUUAAUGAGUGUGAUAUUGAUAAAUCAAAAUGAAUAUCACGAAUGAAAGAAUUUAAUUAUUAUUGGGUUUCAAAUUUUAUUUUUGAAAAAAAAUAUUAACAAUCUAUUAGUUUUUUGUACACAAAACUAUUUAAAUUUGCCAAGGGUUAGUUGGAAUUUAAUCUUUGUAAAUGUUGGGCAACGAGGUCAUAAUGCAGCUUUGAGCAGUUUUCACAGAGUAUUGGUCAUACGAUGACAGCAAGACGUCCUGCAAUAAUGAAUAUCCGAUUGCCGUGCUAAACACAGACAGACAAUCUGGUAGAUACCGAAAACCUCAAUCACUUUCGACUGAAACCGAAAUUUAACCAAAAUUUAACUUUUCUGCUUCGGCCGAAACCGAAACUAGGCAGAAAGGAAUCAAAUUGCUACUUUUGGUGCCGAAGCCAAAAUAAAGACUGUCUAUAAUACCUCAUACUGUUAAUAAAGAUUGGUUAGUCUACAUCGCACAGGGAUUUUAAUCACCCAGCAAAAUAACCUACGCUUCUCUAAAUUAAAAUUGAAAUGUAAUUUUAAGAGAUUACUUCUUUAAUAUGACAAUGUCAGGCUUACUGCCUAAGGGAAACAUCUUCCUCCAGGCCAGUGUUUCCCAACCUUUUUUGUGCCAUGCCCCACCUUAGCCUUUCUAAAAUUCUUAUUGCCCCCCCCCCCCCCCCCCCCCCUGUAUCAUAUACAGAAUUUUUAAUAUUCAAAAAUAGGGUUGUUCACUGAAGAAACUUAAGUGAUAGGUUUUAGGGAGAAAUCACCUGGAAAUUGGUGUAUGUGUGUGUGUACUGCAAUAAUGCAAAGAUGAAAGUUUUGAAAGUCUGAAGUAGUUUUUCUGCCAACCCAUCUGCUAUUUUGCUUUGUCUUUUUUUUUUCUUUAGGAUUUCCCCUACCUUGUGGUAUUAACCUCUUUUUUUUCUAAACCUAAGUGCAGUCCGUCCAUGACCCCUACCUUUAUUGUCAUCCUCAUUAAUCUGUGAAUGGUCUAUGUUUACCUUCACAUCAGUUGCAUCCCUUUUAUCCUUUUUAUUAUAAUAAUGAUUAUCAUGGGAAAUAUAGACACAAAGAUAAUUGGACUGUCAAGUUUAUAUUAAAAUACUAUUAUGUUCCUUUAUGACAAAAAAGGAAAAGAAUCACAAAUUGAAUGAAGAAGCUAGUUCAUCUAUGAUACACCCCAUAGACUGCAACAUUUAGUGUGCUGGGCUGCAGGUUGGCCACUCUUUCUUUAUGACAGGGCUAACCCUACCUUUUCGACUACGUUGGCCAACCAUCUUUUUUCUCGCAAGUCCGAGGGCUGUUAAUGUCAUCUUUCGUUUUUAAAAAAAUGAUUUAUACUAUAAUCCAGUAGCAUUAUUGGUGUAUCAAGAAUAUAAACAAAGUGAAUAAAAAAAUGUAGCCUCUUUUAAUGAUUUAUUUUGCUUUGAAAUGUACUUGCAAUUUUCUAAAUUUGAGGUAGUUAUCAAUAGCAACUGCCCCAAAUGUUAAUCAGUCAUGGUGUCACAUUUUUGGACUUGAUGUUUGUCAUUACAGAGAAUCCAGUUUAACUGAUACAAGGUGCUUAAAAAAACUGUAAACAUUUUGUUACAACAUAUCCAUAGAUGUGGAAAUUCAUCAGAAAAAACAUAACGUCAUUCAGAAUUUAUUUGGCCAUGCAUUCUUAUGUUUGUUUAUAAAAAAAAAUAAUUAUAAGACUCAUUCCUACUCUACUGUUUCACACAAUUCCUCCUUGACUGAAUUGCACUAACUACAAAAAAACACAGUAUCCUUAUUUCUACUCAUUGAACAUCUCACAGUUAGAUCUCUGAAUACCAGAUACUUGUUCCCAACUUUAUCCCAAUACAGGAUCGACACAUACUCUCCCAUGCCUGGCUAGACUACCAGUUUAAAUAACAUGGUUCCAUAAAUGGUUUCACACUGCCCACUGCAGUGAUUCAUUUGUGACACCUUUAGUACCCCAGCUCCCAUCUCGAUUAUCAUUAUCCUCCCACAAGGUAAAGUUGUUAAGUCCCUGUGCUCACCUAUCUAUGUGAUUUCACUUUGUACCAUCGGUGGAGGUAUGGACAUUUUUGCAAUGACAAUAUAGCUACACUUAAAGUUAUUUUCCAACGCCGUCAGUAAUUAUACCCGACACCCCGCGACACCUUCCCUGUACAACCAACUGAAAGAAGGAGGCGACUUUAUGUCACCCACGUUCCCAAAUGUUUGCCCUGUUGAAAAGCUCAACUUAAAUUACUGCUACCUUUAAAGCCAUACCACUCCUUUGCUUUUAUGACCUACCCUUUUUCCAUGUUACAGCAUCUCCUGUGCUCUCACGCAAUUUCCCAAAAUGCUAAAAUAAUUAAUGGGGUUAGAAAAUAUUUUCACCCUUAAUUUUUAUUUUAUUUUUUACAAGCAUCCUGUGGUUCCGCGCUAGAUAAGACCACUGUAAUAAUCCUAAAAAUGUUUCAGGCUGUAGCGGGCCAUUUAAAAUCAGCAGGCUUGGUGUUGGACAGUACUUCUUUAAGAUGACAGAAAAUUAUUAUUUAAAAAAAAAUUAUGUUGGCAUAUAUUACCAAAUGGAAUGAAAUUUUUAUAUUAAAAAAUAUUAAAAAAUACCGCACUAUAUAAGACGUCUUAUUAUUAUUAUUAUUUGAAGAAAUAAAUGUUUAAAUAUUUUAUUUUUCACCAGAAGUUCCACCUGCUUACACUGACUUACCCCCUGGAGAACAACAACAGUAUGCCCCUCCACCAGGCUACACUCAGCAACCUGGAUACCCUGGAUACUAUGGCCCACCCCAACCGGGCUAUGGGUACCCUCAACAAGGUUUUGAGCACCCACCUCAACAAGGGUAUGGACCCCCACCAAACUAUAUGGGUGUUGCUCCACCAGGACAGUAUCCCCAACAGCAGUUCCAGUACACUGGUACCAACAAUAUUGUGGUAAGUUUUAGGUGUCACUUUUACUCUGACCAGAAACUGAACAUUGCGGCUGAAGUCAGCCUUUAACUCUCUGUUGCGUAAUAAGACACAUAAAGCUGCUACAAUAACAUUCAAAUGCCAUAAAAUAAACAAUUCAUACUUCAUACUAUUAAAAAGGAUUGGUUAGUCUACAUCCAAUAGGGAUUUUAAUCACUCAACAACAUAAUUAAUAUAUGUUGCACUUACAUUAAAAUUUAAUUUCAUGAUUACUUUUUUAAUAUAACACUGCCUAAGAGAAACAUCUUCCUCUAGGCCCUGUUCAGAGAGAUCGUGACUCGGCUCAAAACAGAUCGACCCUCAAUUUAAGAGAUUUUAACCAAACAAUUUUUUUACACAUUUUUCUUCUAAAUGUAAUUAAUGUAUUUGGCACCUAACAGGUAACUCAACAGCCAGGUAGUUAUCCUAUUGUGGGUGGUCCAGCUCCACCUGACCACAUGUGUGCAGCUAUAUUUGUUACACUCUGCUGCUUCUGGCCAACCGGGAUUGUAGCCAUAAUGAGGGCAAGUGAUGUAAGUAUUCAACACCAUGUGAAAUAUGUAUCCCAUUAGUGUAAUUUUUGCAGCUUGCUGCAGUAGUUGGGAGAUUGCAUCAGGGUAUGUUUAACCCUCUCAGUACCGGAGCAUCCAUAGUGAAAUUCCCAAGCAAGGGGGAAUAACUCCAUUUCUUUCAUAAGUUUCUGGCUUUACAAAAAUUAUACAUCAUUCUUUCACCAAGUCAAAAAAAAAAAAAAUCAAUUAAAAAAAAAAAAGCAGAUGAUCAUUGAGAAAAGAUGAAAUUAAAAAAAAAAUAAAUAAAAACUUUUAUUUAUUAAUAUGUAAUAGAAUAAUAAGAAAAAAUAUAAUUCCCAAGCAAGGGGGAAUAACUCCAUUUCUUUCCUAAGUUUCUGGCUUUACAAAAAUUAUACAUCAUUCUUUCACCAAGUCAAAAAAAAAAAAAUCAAUUAAAAAAAAAAAAGCAGAUGAUCAUUGAGAAAAGAUGAAAUUAAAAAAAAAAUAAAUACAAACUUUUAUUUAUUAAUAUGGUAUAGAAUAAGAAGAAAAAAUAAUUGAAGAAAAAUCCCAUUCAAAUAAUACAGUUGUCAUCCCUUUUUAAAAUUAUUUCUUUAUGUUAUUUGUUAUUUGCACUAUUGUUUAUGAAGGAACACCUCAAAGCUCAUUACUCGACCAAUAGUGUUUUUAUUUUGGUAGCUGAUGAAUUCCUAACAUCCCAUUUAUGUAAAAAUGUCAACAUAGACCCCGCUUCAUCUUCUGGCUCAUAUCUGGGACAUCAACAUGUUGAACUAAUUCAAUAUCAACAUCACUUUUAUUUCUGCAUCUAUUUCUGGAUGAAAUUCAUCUCUGUCGAUUAAGCCGAAACGCAUGCAGCUUGAAUCAAUUCUAAGUGGGGCAAACCACUAUUUAAAAACAAAUUCAAAAAUAGCUUAAAAUCAAGCGCUCAGUCACAAAAAAUAGCUUAACACUUCUUGUUUAUAAAUAGGCUCUUUGGAACUGCUUAAUAAGAAGAGUUAAUUGCACAAGGCAAAUUUGAAAGUGGUGCGUUGUUUAGCAGCGUGAUUAGCCUGUAACUUAACUGGGACGUAGGUGCUGGAAGCCAUACUACGACUGAGAGGGUCAACUGUAAACAUUGACAAUAAUUUUUUUUUGAUUUUUCAGUCUAGUUGAUCCUCGCUCAGAGGGCUUUUAUAAAUAAUUGAAAUGUCCUUUACUUUAUGUACAUUUUAUGUACACAUAGCUUUGUCUUAAUUGUUACAUUUGUUUUUUUUCAAAUCUUUUUGGUUUUAAUAUUACUUUUGUGUGUAUUCAAUUUUUUAAAUAACUGUUUAAUUAACAACACUUUGUUUGUCUUAUUUCCUCUAGGCUCGGAGUGCGUUGGCUCGUGGAGACAUUCCUGCUGCUACGGCCCACGCCAGGUCAGCCAAAAGUAUGGUUACAAUCAGUGUAGUCAUCGGCAUCAUCGCCUUUGUUUUAGUGGCCAUUAUAAUUGGGGUGUAUGUUGGUCUCGCCAUGAGGGCCAUCAAUGAUCAAAAUUAUUAGGAUUGACAAGCAGGCUUCAGAUGAAACCAGUGGGAAAAUUCAAAGUCAUAAUUUGUUAAAUUUUCUAUCUUACUGAUGUAUGUGCUCCUAUUACAUAGCAUAAAAUUCCAUAAUUGUUAAGCUCAAAACAUCAAAGCAACUAUAUGUAAUACAAAUUCAGUUUGUUCUCUAUUUGAAGAAUGAUGUUUAAAUUUGAAAAAAGACCAACAUUUUUCAGCUUUUUUUCUCCAUGUGAUUUCUAGAUACUUGUGAUCUUGUUGCAUUACACCAAGGUUUGGUAGAGAAGAGUCUAGUGGUGCUUUAGUAAUUUAGUUGUUGAAAAUGUUAUUGGUACAUGUUAUGUUCUUUUUUUAAAAGCAUCUGUCAUGGUGGGAAGUAAAUUAUGAUUUUUAACAAUUUUGAUGAAAUCUAAACCCGCAAUUUGUUACAGAUUUAUAAUUUGAACAUUAUAAUCAACACUAGCACCUUCCCAAUCCAAUACCUAUUUUCCCAGUUGCCAUUUAUGCCUGUAAUAAUUAAUUUUCAACUGCUGUCUACAGAUUUACACUGUAUUUUUUCUUUAUCUUGUUUCCAGUUUUUGGCCACUGCUACUGUAUUUACAAAUAUAUGACCACAUUUGGUACUCUGCUAUAUACCAAUGGGCCCAGUAGAUUUAACUUCAAUGGUAGUUGUAAACAUUAUGUUGAAAUAAGUACUUUACUGUUGCAAACCAGUAGUUCAUAGCACCCAUGUAAUAUAUGCUUUAAGAUAUAUCUUUUUAUCAUAGUUAACAAGAGGAAAGCAUUCAGUGCCAAGAUCCUAACAACACUUGUAUAUUUUUGUUCAGUUUCUUUUAACUGUCGUUUUUUUCCCUUAUACUCCAAUAAGAAGAGCUUCACAUUAAAUAAUUUUGCCUGUUUUUUUAUAAUUGCAUUCAUAAAAAUGUGCAUGCUCGUAAAUAAAUUCAUGAAUUUAAGUCAGAUAUCGUGUAAUUAUGAAAAGUGCAAAAAAUUUUUUUUACUCAUUCUUUCUGUAUAUUAGAAACAUGCGGGUUGAAGAGGCACAAAUUUGAGAUUUAUGUAUGCUUUUUGGUAAAUCAUUAAAUGAGCUAUUUAGGACCAUGUAGUGAUUACUUUGAGUUUAGAUAAAACUCCUUUGUUGUAUCUGUUUAAAUUGAUGUUUAUGCAUUUUGACUGCUUUGUGGUGAUACAUUGACUCCUUUUAAAUUUUUGUGUCACUGUCAGUCCAACUUUUAUGAUUUUAUCUUUAAAUGACAUGAAUUAUUUUUUAUACACAAACAAUUUUUUAAAAUUUUUGGGGUCAAUUAAUCAACAAAUUAUUUUUUUUAUGCCAUGAAUUUUGCAUUUUAAUGUAAAUAUGUGGUCUAAGAUUGCAUGUAUACCAAAAAAUACUACUUAUUAAUAACUGGCAGUAAUCGUUUAUUAGUGGCCAGCCGGCAGCAUCAUUAAAAGAAAAACAUUAAUUUUUAAUUUAAAAGUACAUUGAGUUUGGGGAAAGGUUGUUUUUUUUUUUGCCCUGACACACAUGUUAAGAUGACAACAAGCCCAUACACUCCAUCCAUUCUAGGGAGAUCAGUUUGAGUUCCGAAAAUUCAAACCAAUUAUUUGCCAGUGGUCUUUCUCUAUACAUCUGAAUAAAUCAUUGUAGCUUAAAAAAAAAAAAAAAUUUUAAUUAAAAGAUUGGGAACCCAAACUAGAUGAGAAUGUUUCUAUUGAUGAAUUGAAUCAAAAAUGUUAUUAUACAGUUAAACCUUAUUUCAGUUUUUAAAAAUAUAAAAAUCCAUGUUGGUACGGAAAGGGCUGUGCGUUUUAAAUUUGUAUGCAAAUGUUAUACAGUCAUGUGGGUUUUUUGUGUGGUUGUGUUUACAUGUUCUCUAAAUUUAAAACACAAAAUCUCUCACAUAACUCCACACAAUGGAACAACACUUUUCUUAAAUGCUAAAAUAGAGAGACUUAACAAUGUACUAAACAGGUGAGAUGCUUUCAGUUUCAAUACUGCUUAACUAAUUUUUAAAAAAAAGAAAAAGAUUAUGCAAAUUUUGGCACAUUUUAACUAAUGUUUUUAUACGCUGCUCUCUCUCCAAGUCUAAUUUUCGAAGGUCUACUUACUCUGACUUACUGCUGCAUGCUUUAAUAGCAACUUUUUGUUUUGUUAAUAUUCUAUAACUAUAAUCAUCGUUAAAUAUACUUUAAAAAAAAUCGUGUACAGAAAAAUCAGGUUUACAAGAAGAGACCUUAAAAGCCACUGUUUAUAACUUCAAUCAAUGACUGGCUUUGUGUGGCUCCCUUCUACCAUCUUUUACAUUAUAUAGACUGCUGUAAGUUACCCUUUGUUGAAGCAUCAGCAUAAUUCUGCAUUGAAGAGAAAAAUUAUCAACUGCCUUUUUUCCCUUUUUGUUUUUAUCAUUUCAUUUCUUGUCCUUUAAAUUUUGAUUUAUGAAUUUUUUAACCCCCCCCCCCCUCUAAUUUUUAAAUUCUAUAUCCCCCCCAGUUGGCUUAAAAGUCUUAUUUUUAUUAAUUGCAUUAAAUUGACAUCAAAUCAAUGUAGUAAACAUGUGAGUAAGCACUGUUCCUGUCAGUUGAUUCUCACAUGGAAGAUGAAUCUAGCAACCAACCAGUAGUUCCAAUUUUUUUUUUUAUCUCUGUAGACUUUUUAAAAGGGUUUUGGUUCCUGGGUGAUUUUUGCUUUCCUAUGUGUAGAAAAGGCCUACUUAGGACACCCAUUGCUUUUGGAGCAAUCCUUCAUUGGAACAAACCUUAUAUUAUGAUAUUAUUUCUCAAUUUUAAUAAUUUUCUGCAUUGGGUUUUAUGAAGUAGAAAUAGUGAAUCUCUUUUUAUUUUAAGACCUGAAAGUUCUUUUUAUUUGGUCGUUUCCUUGAAGGGAAUCAUCUGAAUGACUGGUAUUUUAUUUUAAGGAAUCUAUGAAUAUUAACUCAUUUGAUUGAAGAUGUUUACAUUUAAUCUUGAUUUUGUGGUCACAUUGGAAAAUACAAUUAACAGUGUUUUUUUUUUCAAGAGAGUAUUUUCUCAUAGCUCACACCUUGAACCCACUUUUUAGAAACACCAGAGUCUUAAAGAUACCAGACCUCCUUCAUAAUCUCAAACUCAGCUUGUUUCUUAAUAGACCUCCUUCAUAACCUCAAACUCAGCUUGUUUUUAAGUACCGGAAGGCAUGAUAUUUCUAUCUUACCUUAUUGCAGUCUGAUGAAUUCAACAGUUUGGGUCAGUUAAGUGAAACCAGUGCAAUGUUAUGUUCAUCUAUGUAUUGUUCAUUGUUGUUUUAACCUCAAAGGCCAUAGUUUGUCUAUCAAUGAGAUAUAUAUAUAUAUAUACAUAUACAUAUAUAAUUCUAACAGUGUAAAAUAAAAUUUAAGUGGCUGUUGUAAUGAAAACGUUGGUGAUAUACAUUGAACCCUACCCUCAGAAGAUUUACUAGUUUAUUUUAAAUUAAUUGCUCACACUUUACACUACAGAGCACCAUUGUGUGAUCACACAACAUGUAUGGAUCCGAUGCAAAGUUUCUUAUUUUCAUUGUCAAUGGAUACUACCUUAUAAUAUAAACCCAUUUUAAAGUAUCAAUUGGAAUAUUGAAACAUUUUGAAACUUUUGUCUUUUCAUUGAAAAAAACCCACAUAAAUGACAUGUUUGCACUGUUGGACAGAGUAUGAUCUUGUCAUAAAUCCUGAAUAUGUCAUCAUAUCUUAUAUGUAAAUUUACAGGACAGACAUGUUGAUGGGUCACAUAACAUUUUAUGCUAGAGAGGGGUUGUGGCACAUACUACAAAUUUUACCUUGUGACUUAAAUGAACGGAUUGGGAUGAACAUAUUUUUAGACACAUGAAAUGCACAAUAAAUAUGUGACUAAUUGCUAACAUUCAUUUUUUGCUCUUCUGUACCUGUGUUAUUUUGAAUAAAUUGUUUCUUGUCUUAGAAUCCCAAUAAAC